GAUAAAACUAUUUCAUUACAAUAGAGGUCUUGGUUCUGUAGAGAGCAAGGAACAAUCCAAUUUAGUAUUUUAACGACCAGAAAAUAAAUUUGGUGAUUGAAACUGCAAAAAAAUGGGUAAAAAUACAGUUUUAACUGAACAUCAGUCUCAUAGAAGUUUCGAGGGUUUUCAAAAAGUCUAUUCUCAUGAGUCUAAUGUGUUGGGGUGCACAAUGAAGUUUGGGGUUUACUUACCACCCCAGGCAGAGAAUCAGAAACUGCCCGUUCUCUAUUUUUUAUCAGGGUUAAGUGCUACCGAGCAGAACUUUAUUAUAAAAUCCGGAGCUCAGAGGUUUGCUGCAGAGUACGGCAUAAUUCUAAUAAAUCCAGAUACCUCCCCACGCGGAGACCACAUCCCCGAUGAUCCAGAUUCAUGGGAUUUUGCCAUUGGUGCUGGGUUUUUUGUAAAUGCAACGCAAGAACCGUGGAAGAAAAAUUUUAAGAUGUACGAUUAUUUUCUGCAUGAAUUCCAGGAGGUUGUAAAAACUAACUUUCCAGUUAAUGGAGAAAUAUCUGUUAUGGGGCACAGUAUGGGAGGCCAUGGAGCACUUAUCACCGCCUUAAAAAACCCAGGAUUUUACAAAUCCGUGUCCGUAUUUAGCCCCAUAGCGAAUCCUUCAUAUGGUCCUUGGGGAAUUAAGGCCUUUACGGGGUAUUUUGGUCCUAAAAGUGAGGAAUGGAACAACUGGGAUGCCACGGAAUUAGUGAAGAAAUAUAAUGGGCCUCCGUUUGAGGUUUUAAUUGAUCAGGGCACAGGAGAUCAUUAUUAUGACGAGGGUGAAAUUCUCUUUGAGAAUUUUGUAGAAGCCGCAAAGAAAAACGGUCGGGUCAGUACCAUAGUAAAACUGAGAAAGGGGUAUGACCACGGAUUCUAUUACGUUUCCACGUUCAUGGGUGAACACAUUAAAUACCAUUUGGACCACUUCACCAAAUAAGAGACGAAAUUGUCGUUGAUCACUUUUGUGACUUUUACCCUCGAUUGCAAUCAGUCAGAUUUAAGCAUAAAAAUAUUCGAUGGUAGUGACUUUUAUAAAACUAGGUAAUAAGAUUUUAUAAGUGCUGCCAUUUAUUAUCUUCAUUACUAAGUUUCACUGGUUUUUUAACUAUAUUACAGACAAAGGAAAAAAAUAUAAUAAAAAUCAAAUGUGA